AUGUUUACCUUCUCUUCGUUUAAAAAGGUGCUCGUUGGAGUGAGCGCCGCGAACGGGGGGGUAAUAGCGGGCUGCUUUUAUAUCUACAAAAAAAACAGACCUGAAAAUGACGAGACAUUAGGAGAACCGAGCGAAAGUUUCAGAAUUAGAACCUUCGAUGAGCUAGCUAAAAGUUAUGACGAAAAAAAUGACUUCAUAGAAAAAGUCACAUCCAUAAACAAAUACAAAAAGAGGAACUUUCGAAAAGUGAAAGGAGUGGUUUUAGAAAUAGGGGCAGGGUCAGGAAGAAAUUUCUCCUUCUUAAAAAAAGUGGACACCUUAGUAUGCGUGGAAAAAAGUGAAAAAAUGUGUGAAGAAAUGAAAAAAAAAUUAGAAAAAGUAAAGCCAUCAUAUCCUGUAUACAUCAUAAAUGAUGACAUAAAAAAUAAUCUCUUCCGUCCCAACGUUUUCGAUUCAGUUAUUUCGUCUUUCACCUUAUGUUCGCUGGAAGAUGUAGAGAACGGCUUAGAGAAAGUCCAUCAAGCGUUGAAACCCGAUGGAAAGUUCUACCUAGUGGAAAGAGGAAUCAUUUAUAACAAAAUCAUUCGGUACAUUUUGAAAAAACUGAAUCUAUAUCCUAAUAAAAGAAUUCCUUGGGAAUUUGGCUAUUAUGAAAAUAGGUGUCCCUUGGAAAUUUUAAAAAAAAAUAACUUCAACGUCAUUUUUAAGUUAAUAAAAAACGCUGGAAGUAUCUACAUACUUACAGCCAAGAAACAGACAGGCUCUUUUUCCCAUACUAAGGAUGGUACGUUCGUCACUAGUGCCAAGGAGGGAAAUGCAAUUCAAAAGAGCGGUCAUCUGAAAAACCAAGUUAACGACAAAAGUGGAGUAGAGCAAACGCGGGAUAAGGGGACACCCCCACCCAUCGAUAUUAGGGAUAUAUUAUGUCAUCAAUUGGCCGCACCGAUUUAUUACUCAUACAAAAAUGGGUAA